CUCUCUCCUUGUCUCACUGAGCUCAUCCCGGGUCCCACAGAACAGUCCGAACGCGGACCAUCACCUCUUGGACAGCCAGGUCCAACCAAGGGUGGAUCUGUUUGACCUCGUAAGGCAUUAGGACGAAAGAAAUCCCCGCUAAGAUUUCAAAGUUCGGUUUAAUCCGAGCCGGAAAUGGGUCGGUUCCCGGUCUAGACGGAACCACGAUGCUGCCUCAGCAGCUGCUCUGGUUGCUGCUGAGUAGCCAAGUUGUCUCCAGUCCGCUGCAGAGACGGGAGGCAAACGGCGCUCCGGGCCCUCAUCAGGAAUUCGCCCCCGUCUUGGAGAGUGCGCACAGCCGGAGAUGGCGCAGUUGGCACCACGGUCUGGGUGCGCGAGAUCCCGGUGCGCGCGACUUGUGGCGUGAUGCUGAGAUCCCGGGUCGACUAGAGCUGCUGAGGUUUGGGGGGUCCCAGGUGUCUGUGCGUAAAAGUGACUCCUUUAAUGGAACGAGGCGCAUCCGGCCCGUUCGAGGAUAUUUACGCACGGAAAGUUUGACAGAUGAGACUGGAAAUGGCGGAUAUAGUCCGGAAGGAUACCCGAGACUAACUCCGCAUGGACUAGAACCCACGGUGAGCCAUAGUGGUGAACACAAGCUGAGGUUCGAGCGGGAUACGAAACCCGUCCUAACGCGGCGGAGCGAGGCACUCCCCGCUGCCCUAGCGCAGGAGCAGGAGACCGGAUUCCCUCGGGUGUUUAACACCAGUGACUAUGAGGAGGAGCAGUACCCUCUACCGCACAUCCCCGACACCACGCCGCUCGUGCCCGUGAACCCGCGGACCAGACGCAGGCAGGUGAAGAACCCGUUCUACCCGCUGGGCGCGGAGGCGUACGGCGCCUACGCGGUGAUGGUGGUGUCCGCCCUCAUCUUCGGCGUGGGGAUCAUCGGGAACGUGUCGCUCAUGUGCAUCGUGUGUCACAACUACUACAUGAGGAGCAUCUCCAACUCUCUACUGGCCAAUCUGGCGCUCUGGGACUUCCUCGUGGUCUUCUUCUGCCUGCCGCUCGUGGUGUUUCACGAGCUGACCAAGAGCUGGCUGCUGGGAGAGUUCUCCUGCAGGAUCAUUCCCUACCUGGAGGUGGCAUCUCUUGGGGUGACAACAUUCACUCUGUGCGCUCUGUGCAUUGAUCGUUUUCGUGCAGCCACCAAUGUGAAGCUAUACUACGAGAUGAUUGAGAACUGGGUAUCCACCACAGCAAAGCUUGCGGUCAUCUGGGUCGGUGCUCUUCUGCUGGCUUUGCCUGAACUGCUGAUCCAACAGCUGGUCACUGAAGACAGCGACUCGCCUGAUGUGUCGCCCUGCGAACGCUGCACGGUUCGAAUCUCCACCGAGUUACCUGACACACUUUAUGUCCUGGGGCUAACCUAUGAUGGUGCACGCCUCUGGUGGUACUUUGGUUGUUAUUUCUGCUUACCCACGCUGUUCACCAUCUGCAGCUCGCUGGCCACGGCGAGCAAGAUACGUCACGCUGAGCGGGCAUGCGUACGAGGAAGCAAGAAGCAAAUCCAGCUGGAAAGCCAGAUGAACUGUGCUGUGGUGGCUUUGGCCAUCCUCUAUGGCUUCUGCAUCAUCCCAGAGAACAUCUGCAACAUCAUCAGUGCAUACAUGGCGGCCAGCGUUCCAAGGAGAACUCUGGACAUCCUGCAUCUGGUCAGCCAGAUGCUGCUCUUCUGCAAGUCUGCACUGACCCCAGUGCUGCUGUUCUGCUUGUGUCAGCCGUUCAACAAAGCCUUUCUGGAAUGUUGUUGCUGCUGCUGCGAUGAGUGCGGCUCAACUCGUUCUCCUGCUAGUGCCACCAGCGAUAUGGACGAGUGUGCCACCACGGAGCUGGAGUUGUCUCCAUUCAGCACCAUUCACAGGGAGCCCUCCACCUCUGCUGCCUACUCUGUUGUGGGGACACACUGCUGAGGUCAAAGGUUAAAGGGAAGCAGGGCGUUGUUAUCAGAGACAUGUUUGGGGUAGACGUAGACCCACAGUACCACGCUGCUUUUUCUGAGCAACCCAACAAGGUUGUGUCCAUUCAGUGUUUACAGAGAUGAUAUCUGUGAGAAUACAGUCAGUAUUAGUUCUUUAUAAGUAGACUCAGCUUUUAAUGACAUCAGCAGUAUUUCCACUGGAGCUUUCAUCACCACUGAAAGCUGAAAGUUCUGCUCGUUGUUUCUGUUUAGUUCUCACAAUAUGAGAAUACUGUUAUAGAUUCAUGUGAAUUUCUGAAUCAUAAAGUGAUUUCUGUUUCUGACA